CUCAGUUGUGUUUGGCGCGCCGAGGGGUGAGCACUCUCUGCCAUGACCUCUCUCAACGAGCAGAUGACCUCCGUUUCCACCCCCCUGCUGGGCCACUACGAGUCGCCGCUGCCCCCCCUGUACGAGCCGCCCCCCGCGUGCCCCCCCAAGCCGCGCCUCAUGUUCAAGAUGCCCCGCGUCGUGCCGGACCAGAAGAGCAAGUUUGAGUCCGACGAGCUGUUCAGACGCCUGGCCAGGGAGACGGAGGUGCGGUACACGGGCUACAGAGACAGACCGCUGGAGGAGAGGCGGCAAAGAUUUCAGGCCGGCGUGAGGGAAGGGCACACGGAAAUGGCUUUCAUGACCAACGGAACCAAUAUGUGUCUCUCCUUGUCCACGGGUUUCAAUAACAAAGAGGUCGACUUCGAAAAGGAACCAGGAAAGGUACACCUUCGCUCUCCCUUCAUCAUGAACGGGGUAUGUGUCAGAUGGAGAGGCUACGUCGACCUGGAGAGGCUGGACGGCGUGGGCUGCCUUGAGUAUGAUGAGGAGUCAGCGGCUGAGGAGGAUCGGAUUCUACGCGAGGAGAUCGAGAAGUACAAAGCCCGCCUGAGGGAGUUCGAGGAGAAGCAGCGAGCCUUCCGCGUGCCCACCACCUCUCACGCCCACCACGCCCACGCCCACGCCCACGCCGAGCAGGCCAACAUACAGGUUCGCUAGCAGAUCCUCAGCCUCCUCUAUCGCAAGUCUUAGCCAGAUGACAGAGGACAGGUGAGAGAGAGAGAGGAAGAUCCAGCCACCAAUCACAGGCCUCCCUCGCACCCGCCUCCGCCAAUCAGCGCUCACCUUCCACACGCAAGCCAACCAAUCACGGAGCUCCACGUCAUCCCUCGCAAACAAUCAGAAAGCGAGAAAUUUACGACAACCGAAAAAUAAGUAAAAACUGAUGAUGAUGAUGAUGAUUAUACGAAAGUGAAGAUAAUGAUAAAAUUGAUGAUAAAUGGAAAAAAAAAAUAGUGCUUGCGUGUCAGAAAGAGGAGAUAAAGAAAAAUAAGGAUACAUGUGAUAAUUAUGAAGAGGCUGAGGAUGAAAAAUAAUGAUUAAAAAAAUAUAUCAUAAAAACAGAGAGAAUAUAUAUAAAGAGACUAAAUAGUAAUAAUAAUAAUAAUAAUAAUA